UGGCUGCACCAUGUGUAGUUCAACCUUCAACUAGCUCUCCAUCCGGUUAUAGAAAAUGUAGUUUAAUGUCCAUUUAACCGAUUUAGGGCAAUACAAGUGACCCAGACAGUGUUCAUACAGGAUAGCACAGCUGAUGGCUACACAAACGAUGUGUUCCUGUUAAACCAAAAUAAUAAUAACAAUGUAAAAAAGGGUGUGUUUGUUUAGUUUGUAUCUGUCAUGUGGAGCAGAUCUGUGAGUGCAGGCUACCGAUGCUUUGGGUGCAGGAGUGUUGGACCAAAGGGUAUUUGGGGCGUCCAUGUGGUGCGUACAUGCAGCGGUCCAGCCGUACCUGCCGGCAGGAUCACAGCACUUCAGGCAGUGGAUUUAUGGAAGAGACACUUUGCAGAGAGAGGCGUGACGGAGCCGGACCACUCCAGCCUUUACAUCAUUGCUCAUCUGUUCGGGGCUAAAACUAUAGAAAGUCUUGGACAGAGGAAGUUAACGGAGGUCCUCAGCCCAGAAAAAACAGAGCAGAUAUGGAAGCUCUGCUCUAGACGCCUAUCCAGAAUGCCUGUGCAGUAUGUGAUUGAGGAGUGGGACUUCAGAGAUCUGACACUGAAGAUGAGGCCUCCUGUGUUCAUACCAAGACCUGAAACAGAGGAGUUGGUUGAACUCGUGCUCGCUGAUCUGGAAAUGAAGCCCGGGACUGGAGUCUGUGCAGACACCCACCAUACAUGCUUGGAAGUGGGAUGUGGCUCUGGUGCCAUUUCUCUUAGUCUGCUGAAGAGUCUGCCUCAGCUUAAAGUCAUCGCCGUGGAUCAGAGCCAGGAUGCGGUGGAUUUAACAGGGGAGAAUGCGUUAAGGUUGGGGCUUCAGGACAGAUUACAGAUUCAUCAUAUAGAUGUAAUGAAAGAUGCAGAAGCUGUGUUGAGCCUCUGUAGCCAUGUCUCAGCGUUGGUCAGUAACCCCCCGUACCUGUUCUCAGAGGAUAUGACGACGUUGGAACCUGAAAUAUUACGGUUUGAAGACCACGCUGCUUUAGAUGGAGGUGAAGAUGGCCUAAAAGUGAUCAAACAGAUUUUGACUCUGGCUCCACAGAUUCUAUCAAAUCAUGGCCGUGUUUACUUGGAAGUGGAUCCCAGACACCCCCCGCUCAUUCAAACGUGGGUGGAGGCGAACGUGGAAGAGAUACGUUAUGUGGAGACACGGCACGACAUCAGCGGCAGGCCGCGAUUCUGCAUCCUCCAGAAAGAGGAGUCAAACAAGGAGCACAAGCUGGAUCAGGAUUGAGAAACUGAGAUCCUAUUACCGCUGGCUUUAGCCCAGGUCGCCACAGCCCUCGUUCUCCCCUACCCCCACUGAGCCGCUAAGCACGCGCCCCCACCGGCUUGAUCACUCUAAAUGCACAAUUUGCAGAAGCUCAAAUCAUUUUCACUGUCACUGUUACACUUUUAAUCCAGUAACAUUUGUGAUCGCAUCCCUGCGCCACAAUCAAAAAAUGUGUGCGAGAUGGCACAAAAGCAGGCUGAAAGCUGAAGGUAAUUACUGAGGCUUUUCUUAGAACCCUCCCUCUCAGAAUCUCACCCUCCUCCCAGGAAGCAUUCAGCAGUUCUGUGAAUCCGCUGAUGAACGGUCCUCCCCUUCGCUCGUCCACUCGCUGACUCAGAUGCAGGCUGUACGCAUUGUUGAGCAAAAAAACGCACACACAUACACACACACGCUCACACAAUGUGGCCUUUACUUCCUCACACAAUCUGCGCCUCUCACACACUUAAAGCUCAAAGUCUUUGUGUUUCAAAGGUGAUUUGGAGCAGAAAAUAUUUCGUAACAAGUGUCACAAGGGCAAGUCAUCAUGUGGUGCUUAAUAAUAAUGAUGAUGAUGAUGACAGUAUUUACCCCUGUGAGUAACACACGGAGAAAAUGAUUUAAAAGGACAGCGAGUUAGACUCCAAUUGGUUGUUUUAAUAGAAAAAAUGAACACAUGUAAAAGGUAGAAAAACUGAGAAAAAUAAAACGGCGUAAAAGAUG